UGCUACUCUCUGUCCACGCCCCACCCACACCACAACAACUGCCUCCCUCCGACUCCGGCUGACCCGUUUCGCUGCUGUGUCUUUAUCCCUCUGACAUCUUCCCCGAGAGGCAUGGAAGAGCAGAGUCCCACUGCCCUGCCUGCUACCGAAAGGAGUCCCUCCAUCGCCAGCACCACCGACACCUCGUCCACCAACACCACCGACAUCCUCACCCCAAACUCUCCUACCAACAGCCAAAUGGACGGUGCCACCUCCGACACUCUUACCGUCAAUGGCACCUCUAGGCCCGCCAUGCAGCGCAAGAACUCUGCCCCUCUGAUGCCUCCUUUCAUGGUUUCUGCCCCAGGCAAAGUCAUUGUCUAUGGCGAACACGCUGUAGUCUACGGCAAGGCGGCCAUCGCUGCGGCCAUUUCCCUGCGCUCGUACCUCCUCGUCACCUUCCUCUCAAAGUCGCGCCGCACCGUCUCCCUUCGCUUCCCCGACGUCGACCUCACGCAUACGUGGAACAUGGACGAUCUGCCAUGGGCCGCCUUCUCUGCCCCUGGCAAGAAGAAGUACUACUACGACCUUGUCGACGCCCUCGACCCCGAUCUCGUCGAGGCUCUCCAGCCGCACGUAAAGGCCGUCUCGGACGACCAGCCGGAGCACAUUCGCAAGAUCCACCAAGCCUCCGCCUCCGCCUUCCUCUACCUCUUUUGCUCUCUCGGCUCGCCCAAGUCGUCGCCUUGCGUGUACACGCUGCGCUCCACGAUACCCAUUGGCGCGGGUCUAGGCAGCAGCGCCAGCAUAGCCGUCUGCCUGUCGGCGGCGCUCCUGCUCCAAAUCCGCGCGCUGAGCGGGCCACACCCGGAUCAGCCGUCACAGGAGUCGGAGACACAAAUUGAGCGCAUCAACCGGUGGGCGUUUGUGGGCGAGAUGUGCAUACACGGCAACCCAUCGGGUGUCGACAACACAGUGUCAGCGGGCGGCAAGGCUGUACUUUUCCAGCGGCAGGGCUUCGGGCAGUCGCCGACGGUGACGCCGCUGCGCGACUUCCCCGAGCUGCCGCUGCUGCUGGUGAACACGCGGCAGUCGCGCAGCACGGCGACAGAGGUGGCCAAGGUGGGCGCGCUCAAGAAGGCGCACCCCAAGCUCACGGAGCGGCUGCUCGACGCCAUCAACGACGUGACGGAGUCGGCGCAUGAGCUCAUCACGCGCUCCGACUUCCGCCCGGAUGACCCCGCCGCGCUCAAGCACCUCGGCGAGCUCAUCACCGUCAACCACGGCCUGCUCGUCUCGCUCGGCGUCUCGCACCCCAAGCUCGAGCGCAUCCGCGCCCUCAUCGACCAUGCCGGCAUCGGCUGGACAAAGCUGACGGGCGCCGGCGGCGGCGGCUGCGCCAUCACCAUCCUCAGGCCCGAGGCCUCGGGCCGCCCGCCCAUGUCGCGGCACAACAGCGUGUCGGCGGCGGCGCCUCCUGCCGAGAACGGCGUCAACGGCACCAAUGGCACGACGAACGGCACGGACGCGCCCGCGGACACACUCGCGGUACCAGCGCCAGCAGAGCCCGCAGCGCCAGCAGCCAAAUCGCCCAUCCUCGUCGACCUGGAGAAGCGGCUCGAGGCCGAAGGGUUCGAGAAGUUCGAGACGACGCUGGCGGGCGACGGCGUGGGCGUGCUGUGGCCGGCGGUGCUGCAGAACGCGUCGGGCGAGGAGGGCGGCGAGGAGAUUGACCAGGAGAAGUUCCUGCGCGCCGAGGGCAACGGCGGCAUCGAGCGGCUGGUGGGCGUCAGUGCGGCGUUGCCUGAGGGGCAGGGCGACGGGGGCGUUAGGGAGGGGUGGCGCUUUUGGAGACCGUAGGCUGCAGGCCGUAGGUAUUGGUUGUGGUUAUGUGUGAUGAUUUUUUUUGUGCGAUGAGGUUGAUGGGUUGGGUUGGGAUGGGAUGGGAUGAGAUGAGAGGAGAGGAGCAGGGGCUCA